UUUUGUUAAUGUGUGAGUGUUAAGUGUAUUAAAUGGCGAAUCGUGCAUAGUUAUGCGUAUUUCAUCAUAAUAAAUAAUUUACACUAAAAAUACUAUUCAAAUACUUUGUUAUAUACAGUUUCAAGUAUUCAAAAUGCGUUCUGUAGUAGAAAUAGGAGCCAGUGUCCCAGCUUUUUUGGGAAAAUUGUGGAAACUGGUCAAUGAUUCAGAGACCAACCAUCUGAUAUCGUGGAGUCCUGGAGGAAAGACUUUUGUUAUAAAAAAUCAAGCUGAUUUUGCCCGGGAGUUGCUACCUUUAUACUAUAAACACAAUAAUAUGGCAAGCUUCAUUCGACAGCUAAAUAUGUAUGGUUUUCAUAAAAUUACAUCUGUUGAAAAUGGGGGCCUGAGAUAUGAGAAAGAUGAAAUUGAGUUUUCACAUCCUUGCUUCAUGAGAGGUCACGCUUAUUUACUUGAACAUAUCAAAAGAAAGAUUGCAAAUCCUAAAUCAAUUGUUGCAAAUAGUGAAGGUGGAGAAAAAAUUAUCAUAAAACCAGAGCUUAUGAAUAAAGUGUUAGCUGAUGUUAAACAAAUGAAAGGAAAACAGGAAAGUCUAGAUGCAAAAUUUAGUGCAAUGAAACAGGAGAAUGAAGCUUUGUGGAGGGAAGUAGCCAUACUUAGACAAAAACAUAUAAAACAACAACAAAUUGUAAACAAUUUGAUUCAAUUCUUAAUGUCACUAGUUCAGCCAGCUAGAGCACCAGCGGCUAGUGGUAACAAUGUAGGUGUAAAGAGACCCUAUCAAUUAAUGAUAAAUAGUGCAGCUCACAAUGUCAGUGAUGCAUACCCAGGGACAAUUAAGAAUAUUAAACUAGAUAAAGAAAACUUAUUAGAAGAGACAAAUGAGGAUAAUUUGGAGGAUGGACCAACAAUUCAUGAAUUAGCACAUGACGAUAUUCUAAAUAAUGAUCCUUCACAAGACUCAUUAGAUGCAACUGGCUUUGUAACCGUUAAUUUAUCACCUGUACCUAUUAACAAUUCUGGCAAUACUGAUGGUACAACAUUACCCACUCAAUACCAUGUUACAAUGGAGGACGAUGAAGAUACUGAAACAGAUGGAAUAAGACUACGGUAUCCCAACAAUUUUACCAAUGGCAUGUUAAGAAGUCCGAACGCUCAACCAAUUGUAACUUCACCAUCACCUAUAAUUACUUCUGCAUCUCCAAUAGGUCAAACUGCAAUGGAACAAAUUUUUGUUACUGUACCAAGCACUUCAAAACCUAAAACAAGAACCUGCAAGAAAAAUGUGUCCAACACAAAGAAUAUAAACAACAUAACAUUAAACAAUUAUAAUACAAUAAAUCCAUCUGCUGAUUUUAAGCUUCCUGCUGAAAUAUUUGCAAGUGAUGAUUCUAUAAGUGAUGCUGGAGCUGGUGGGACUGAUGACAUAAAUAAUUUCAAUGAACUUAAUGGAAAUGAUUUAGUUAUGUCCACAUUAAAAGACAAGAUGCUAGGAGGAAUUAAUAUUAAGGUUGAAAGUGCUGAACAGGUUCAGCAGCCAAGUAGUACAGAGAAAAAAGCUAAGAAAUCCAAAGAUAAUACAAACAAUUUUAAUUUAGCUGAUAUAAAGACUGAACUUCAAGAUGAUUUUGAUUGGAAUAACAUGACCUUGGCUACAGUACACAACAAUCCAAACCUCAAUAAGUUACAAACAAUGUGUAGGAGGGACAACCACAAUCGAGAGGAUUAUUCUCUUUUUGCAUCAAAUUCAAACAAGAACGAUAUUGAUGACCAUUUAGACACAAUGCAAAGUGAUCUGGAAUCUUUGCGGGAUCUCCUAAGAAAUGAUUCUUAUUCAUUUGACACCAACACAUUGCUAGGGACUCCUGAUACAAGCUUGCAAACAACGAUGUCUUUCAACCCAUCUUUGAAUGAGCACAUACAAAAUGGACAUUUGUUUGGAUCAGAUGACCCAUUCUACGGGUUGUCUUACAAUGCAACCGAUGAACGAGCUAAAGCUACCAAUGCGAAGAAGAUGAAAGGUGAGAUUUCAAAUGUAACCUGUGACGAGACUCGCGUCCAGAGCCCUUUCAAUGAGGAUGAUGCUGAAGGGAAUCAGUUAAUCUCGUAUACAGGGAAUAUUCCAGACUUUGAAGACAUUUCAAUACCAGAUUUGGAUGCAGAUAAUUCCAUGUCACCGAGCCCGAGUAGAUCCACCCUUAAUACACCGCAAAUCGAACUUCGUUCGCCAUCCUUUGUUUUAAAACACUGAAAACAUAAUGCACGAGUUGUUCUUAGUAUAGUACCUAAAAGUUAUCUGACCCAGUGCCAGUGGCGUGCUCACGAACGCCAUCUGUUUUUUAAUAUGAAAGUUUUGACUAUUGGAUCAGAUAAUUUGAAGGCACUGUAAACAGAAAGAACAUCUCGGACUCAAAUUUAUACAAAGGAGGCUAUAGUUAAAGCUGUCCUGAAAUACCGUGCUAUAUUUUACACCUCCUUUAUAUAGACUUAUGUAUAUACAGUGUAAGAAAGUCUGAUCAUAUUUCAUUUAGCAUUACCUUCUAUAGAAAUGCGAUGAAAAAUAUCCAAUGUAAACAGAUGGCUAGUUUCAGUUUUAAAACGUUAGCCUAAAUUAAUUUUAAAAAUUCAAUGUGAUCGCGAAGUACUGAAGAAAACCACACACAAUACCUACUUAAAUAUUUUAAACAUAGAAACUGUAUUGCCUUUAUUAUCUUUCAAAAAUAUCAUAAGCAUAACAUACGUACCGUCAGCAUUGAGAGUUUAUAGACUGGGCACGUCAUGUACAUUUACAAAAUAAGAAUAUUCCUAGGUUAUCGAUGCGAAAUAUUCUCAGCUAAGUUAUUUUUUUGAGUGAAUUUAUUAUUCAGAUUCGUGUGCCGAUUGUUAGGUGUAAAUACCAUACUGUUAAUUUAGCAUAGAUUUUUGUAGAUAUAGUACUAGGCAUUACAGUACAAUUUUUUAAAAUUUCUGCUGGGGCCUUAAAGAAAACAAUUAUUUUUAUACAACCAAUAUGAAAUGUGGACUUUAUCUACAGUUUGUAUCUAUGUUGUAGUUUUAGUGGCUAUUAAGAAACAUUAGUCCAUUAGAAACCGCAUUAAUAAUAAUCGAAAUGAGACAAGUUUGAAAGCAUGAAAUUUAAAUCUUAUUUGUGAAAUAGAUGGAGAUAUAAGCAACAUUUUGAAGUUGUCUAUUGAAAAGUUUGUGGCGCUAUCUGUUAUUGCAACAGUUAUUGUUUCCUACAUAUAUAUUAAAAAUACUUCCCAUAGGAAAGUUAUGCCUACAUGUGUAUUUAACAAGACAAUAUUGCAUUAUUGAGCAUUUCGUGCCAUUCACAUAAAACAACAAAUACAGGAAUAAAGUAUUUCACGUAGGGAUGCAUCGAUACGCCUUUUUGCCGAUACGAUACCGAUACUCUUAUAGAAAUAUCGCCGAUUCCGAUACCGAUACUAAUGCUUAUUGAAUUCAAAUUAAAUUAAGGUAAAAUAUAUCAAGUUUGAUUAAAGUUUUUAAUUUUUUUUUAUUAUAAAAUAUAAACAGUCACAAACUUUGAAUAAGAUUAAAGGUUGGGUAAAUAAAAUUAAGAAUUAAGAGUAAUAGUUAAAUUAAAAUAAAUAACUGUUCAUAAUUAAAAUUAACAUUGAUAAGAUUUUUGUAAUUCUGUAUUUUAUUUAAUUUGGUAUUGAGAAAAUACUACGCGCGAUAGCAGUUAAAAACCAACUAAAGUGUCUAGCGAAAUAGAAUACGCGGAGACUAAGCGGGUGUGAGGGGCAUAGAUAGUCCGAGCCUCGUUUCCCACACCCCGGAUCAAACAAGAUGCGCGUUUACAUUACUUUUUUUAAAGCGCGAAAUUUGAAAAGUAUCGUUGUAUCGGCAAUCAAAAUAUCGCCGAUACCGAUAUAUCGGCAAACCCAAAGUAUCGCCGAUAUAUCGGUAUCGGUAUCGGAUGCAUCCCUAAUUUCACGUUUAUAAUAUUACUUGUAAGGAAUUUGUACAUUUUCCGUUUAAUUACAUUAUUUGCAUUUAUGUACUAUUAUAGAUUUGUAACAGCAGUUGUUUUAUACAUUUAUAUCUGAAAUGUCUGGCAGUGAAACUGCUAGUUUGUGCUGUAUCCCCUAAGAUUUUACUUAUAAGUUCUAUAAUUAGAAGAAUGUUAAAUUCUGAUUUGCAACCAUUGUUAAAAUUUUCAAGAGUUUAUUGGGUGUUUACAUCUGAAUUAAUUUGGUUAUGUUAUCUGUAAUUUUCCUGUAUAUAAUGGUGUAUAAAAUUAUAUUUAUGAGUAUUAUGUAAAAAAAAUUUUAUACAUUUUGUCUUAAGAUGCCUUAAACCCAAAUAAAUCAAAUUGCUCAUAGAUCUAUUUUCAAAAAAUAUGUAUAAAACUUGUGUACGAAUUACUUUCAUAGCGCCAUCUCGUUAAUAUGAUAGACAAUCAUUUCAGAUGAUACGAAAACACCUUUUCUUAUUUUGUGUUAAUUAAAUUUUUUUUGUAUCAUGAUUAGCUUACUAAAGAUAUGAACAAAAUAUGCUGUUGGUAUAAUAUACAGAUGCAUAGGCAUAAAUUAAGUUAGUUAUUUUUAAAUAUAAUGUAAUGAAACAA